AUGGAUCUUCCAGUAUUCAAAUCGAUUACACCAGAUGAAUUAACCAGUUGUAGUUGGAGCUCAAAAUCAAAAUUAGUCAAAGCAUUUCACAUCGUUCAAUUUACUCGCCGUUUUAACCAAGUCAAUUUUUGGACACAAGGUGAACUAUUACGUGCUGAUAUCUUGAAAAAUCGUAUCGAAAUCUUAUCUCAUUUCAUUCGCAUUGCUAAAAAAUUAUUCGAAUUAAACAACAUCAAUGCGUGUAUGGCUGUCGUGAUGGCUUUACAAAGUGCACCUAUAUAUCGAUUACAAAAAACAUGGGCGGGCCUUAGCAAACGUGAUCGUUCAACGUUUACAACUCUGAAAGAUCUCGUUUCUUCCGAUGAGAAUUGGAAACGUUUAAGGCAGCAUUUGAAUCAAACGAAACUUCCGUGUAUUCCUUACCUCGGUAUUUAUCUGACGGAUAUUAUUCAUAUCGAUACACUUCAUCCACAUCGUGGUGGACUCGAGACAAGUCAACGGAAGAAUGCGCUGAAUAACAUCUGUAGAACUAUAUCCGAAUUUCAACAGUCGAAUUACGGUUUUCUAAGGUCGAUGGAAUGCGUUCAAAAUUAUCUUGCAAGUGUGCGAUAUAUGGAAGAACUGCAAACAUUCGUUGAAGCUCAAAAUUAUGAACAUUCGUUGAGAAUAGAACCCGAUGAUCAAACCGACUCUUGCUGUGAGAAAACAAGCAAACAUCUCGAGAAAUCAGCAUCGUUUAAACUCUCUCAUGCCAACAAUCAUUCAACCUGUUCACAUCGACGCACAAUGAGCGAUUUCAAUCACUCGCAAUGUUCAUCUUCGUCAACGAAAUCUGCCACGUUACCUUGUCGAACGCGCGAAAAGAAAAGUCUAAUAGAUGACAGUCUACUGCCCGAUCCCAUGAUAGAAGAAACUCGAUCGAGUAGUGACUCGAAUGAUUCGUAUGAAGAAGUUCUUCGCAAAGGCAAAGAAUUGAUUAAAACAAAUACAAAGCAUCAUCAUGUUAUUCAAGGCAUUUCCUUGUCGUUAUCAUCAUUAUCGAUGAAAGUACCAUUGAAUCCUCGUAAUGAUUUGUUAAUAACAACAAAUUACAACUUCGAAGGUUUAGUCGAACGAAAAUGUCUGCUGAAGAACUACAAAAAGCCGAACAUCACCAAAUGGAAAAAGUACUGGCUUGCCAUCUGUGAACAUUUUCUAUUUUUUCACAAGCAGAAGUCAUUUCUCCUUACAUUUCAUAUGCGUUUACAUCGUGCAACAUCACUAAUUGAUAAUGAUCAGAUCAGUCAUCCGCAAUCGAAUGUAAAUAUAACAUUAACAGAAACAGAUCGAUUAUAUUAUCAACAAAAUCCAUCCAAAUGUCAAUCGAUUACAGAUUGUCUAAUUGUAUUAAGUCAAACAAAGAAUCGCAAUGAAAUACAAUUGAGUGACUUGAAUCGCGGAUCGAUGUAUAAGUUCAAAUUUGAGAAUGCAGUUGUGGCGAACAUUUGGUAUCAGCAUUUGAAGGAAGCAUCGACGUUCAAACGGAAUCCGGAUCAACUGUCGGAGAACUUAAUUGCAUUGGAUUAG